AUGAGCCAAAUCAGAAGCAUAGCCCAGGUGAGAAGCAGCGAGGCUAUCCAUGACAUCUUUGGCGCCGGGGCUGCUAUUGGCAUCACUGGCGGUAGCUGUAACGCCUGCAUGAUGCCCGCCGACUGGGCUUACGCGCGCCAUGGCACCUCAUCGGCUGGGCACGACACCUACCAUGGGGUGGCCGCUCUCGUAGUCGCCGACGGCAUCGAGGAGUGUCGCCUUGCUGUGCGGCAGCAGAUUCGGCGGGGUCCCCCGUGCAUCAAGAUUGCCGCUUCCGCAUGGAAAAUACAGAUACGAUGA